AACGGACCACCAAAACCCAGGCCUACUUCCUUCUUUUGAUCUUCAGAACCUUCACUUUCGUCUGGGUUCUCUCGCUCACGAGGUUGUUCAGCGGAAGGAGAGAAGUAAAGAUGUCUGCAACACAGGAGGAAGACAAGAAACCAGGAGACGGAGGAGCUCACAUCAAUCUCAAGGUCAAGGGUCAGGAUGGGAAUGAGGUGUUCUUUAGGAUCAAGAGAAGCACACAGCUGAAGAAGCUGAUGAAUGCUUACUGUGACAGGCAAUCAGUGGACAUGAGCUCCAUUGCCUUCUUGUUCGAUGGGCGUCGUCUUCGUGCUGAGCAGACUCCGGACGAGCUUGACAUGGAGGACGGUGAUGAGAUCGAUGCCAUGCUCCAUCAAACUGGUGGCUGUGGUAGUGGCGCUGCUAUGGCCUGACACACUUAUCCUGCUUUAGUGGUUUCACGAUUAGAUCGUUGUGAUAUGAAUGGUGGUGAAGAAGUAAUCGGCAUUAGGAUUUGCAGACUUGUUUUUCUUCAUGACCAUUGUCCUUAGAAAACUAAUAUGGUUCAUUGAGGGGUUUUAAAAAAAAAACCUUUGGUUGAUUUUUAUUUGAAUAUAUUGGAUCUUAAUGUCCAAAACUAUUUGCGCUUAAAGUUAUCUAAUCC